UGGUGGGGGGGGAACAUCGAAAAAAAAAAAAAAAACACACAGUUACAGCGUUUUAGGAUUUGCACCGCUAUUCCACCACAAACCAGCCCGGUGUGGUUAUCACCGGCCGCGGUUACAUCCACAGAAUCCGCGGAGAGAAAAAAAAAAAAGUCGCCCGCCGCGUCUUCGCUCCAGUUUUUCCGCGCCUGGUUCAUUUGGAUGACAACCCGACGCUCGGCUUGUUUGCUGCAGGUGUUGGACCAAUCCGGAUACUUCAUCUCAUUAAAACUACUAUUCUUGUAAUUGCACAUUUAUCUGACAUAGCAAGCCGUUUUUCCUGCAAGAAAACAUGCCGAGGUCCAACAGGCAAAGAGAAUACAAACCUGGAGAUCUUGUGUUUGCUAAAAUGAAGGGGUAUCCACACUGGCCUGCGAGGAUUGACGAGUUACCUGAAGGAGCCGUGAAGUCGCCCUCAAACAAGUACCAGGUCUUCUUUUUUGGAACGCAUGAGACGGCAUUCCUGGGGGCCAAGGAUUUGUUCCCGUAUGAUGAACACAAGGAAAAGUUUGGAAAAGCAAACAAGAGGAAAGGCUUCGCUGAGGGACUCUGGGAGAUCGAGAACAAUCCCACUGUCACGCAUGAAGCCUACGAGUCAUCAAAGAAGGAAAAUGCAUCAGAAGGAGCAGGGGAUACAGCUAGUUCAGAGAAAGCAGAUGCUGAAGGCAGCAGUGACGAGGAUGAGGGUGCCCUGGUCAUCGAUGAGAAGAACGAGAGGGGAGGAACUAAACGAAAAGCAGAGGAGUCUACAGAGGCAUCUCCCAAGCGGCCGAAGGACACAGAGGCGGAAGGUGACUCUAAAGUAGACGGCAACAAGUCAAACUCGGAGGCCAAGGUCAAUGAUGUGGCUGGACCCAAGGCAACUGCUCUCUCCUCACAGAGUGAGUCGAAAGCAGAGGCCCAGGAAAACGCUUCAGCAGGAGGCCAGCUAACAGCAGAUAAGCCUGCGACAGACAGCGCUUAACAUCAACUCACCGAAGAAAACCAAGAACCUUUGAUGCUUUUCUCUGGAACUCAAGCAUCAACAUAAUUUACCUGCAGGAUGCCAGAUUUCAGCUGUUUAAUUAAUAGGAGAAUUUUAAAAACCUAAGUGUUUGUAUUGAGAGACAAACAAAUCCUCAUUUGCCAUUUUUGGGAUAUCAUAUAUCCCAGAAACAAAAAAUGUUUGCUAAUCUGAUUUCAAACAAUUGAAAUGAGCACUUUACGGCUCAUUGAUAAAUGGGAUUUUGGUGUGUAUAUAUUUUUUAUUUCUAAGUGCAAUUACAUAAUUACAAAGACUGAAUGCUAGGUGUCAAAAACAUUUUUCAGUUUAGAGGGAAUAAACACUGAAUAUAUAGUAAAUAAAAAGGAGAACAUUUAAACCACAAAAAAGAUAAAUACUCUCAUUUGAUGGUUUUAAAACUUCGAUAUUGUACAGGAAUAAGAACAAAUUUUUCACCCACGCUCUCAGCUUUAGUUCAUAAAAUCAAUGUUUUACUUCCAUUUGUUUCACCUAGCUUCUCAGCAUCAUCUUGAAUCAUAUAUUCAGCCAUUGGAUACAUGAUGAGUUGCACUUUUCAGAAUUUGUUUCCUGCCCCAUUGUUGUCUAGUUCACUGUAUGACGUUUUUAUGCAACACAGGUUUUGUUGCUUUGGUGUAGUGUAUGCUUCAUUGCAGGUGACCAAAUUAUGUGAUUAGUUUCUCCAGGUUGAACAUGUAAAGCCCAUUUGAGAAGAGCUAUUUUAGGAUUCAAAGAAGUCACUUUGUAAACCCCUGUGUAACUUUCUUUUGCUGAUGAUUGUACAUUAUUGAAAGCAGAAAGACAUUCCUGAAUGUUGAUGUGUCAGCUCGGUCUUGAACCUUUUCAAGUCUAGGUGGAGCUGUAGCGUUUGUUGGAGGGGGGGUGAAAGUUCCUUAUCGCCACUUUUUUUUCUGGAGAAAUGAUCUGGCAAACCUUUCCAAAUGAGUCAACUCAACUCUCAAGUUCACGCUAUGUUGUCUUAUUUAGCUCACAUUAACGCUGCCGUUGCUUCACACUGGAGAUGUAAUCGUAAAUUGCCUUCAGUAAUUGGUUGUUUUUUCAGCUCUAAAAUGUAUUGCUGACACUGCUAAUGCCAACAUACGAUCAACACAAUGACAUGAGAAGAAUCUACAGAAUCGGGUUUUUUUGUUUCCAACCCUCUUAACUGGAAUUUGAGUCUUAUUAUUUUGGAUGUGAAAAGAAGUUGUGAUGUUAUAAAAAUGUUUUAUUUCAACAUUCGUUAAGAAAACAUGUUUGAAAUGUGAUGUUAUUUUCCACUCUAGGUAAAUUUUAAGCGUCAAGUUUUUACAAAUGAUAGACCUGCUCAUCAUGUUACUUGGAUGUCUUUGGCAUCGCUUUGGUGUUCUUUCCUGUAUUCAGCAACAUGAGCCCACAGUUAACCAAACAAUGAAUCUAAGGGAAAGCUUUAAAAGUGCAAAUAACAAUAACUGCUGUGUCUGAGAUGGCUUACAUCCACCUCCACCACACCACUGACUUCAAACUAUAAAAGGCUCAACGUUUCCCACUCAAAGCUGGAGUUAAUUCCAUCAAUAUAAUUUGGCAUUGAAGUGUAAUUCUUGGUUUAGCUUUCUCUGUUACUUUUUGGAAGAUGUCAUUUAUUUUAAUCUGCUGCUUAGUUUACUGUUGUAGUUGCCAGUCCAUUUAAUAAACAUGUUGAUUACAACAAA